AUGUCAAAGGAGACCAACAUCCCUUUCCUGCAGAACGUCUUCUCAAACCACCAGUUCCUGCACUCCACAGUGGACACGCAGUUCAUCGACGAGAACCCCGACCUGUUCAACCUCAAACCGGUCCAGAACCGCGCCCAGAAACUGCUGCACUACCUUGGUCAUGUGAUGGUGAACGGCCCAUCCACGCCCAUCCCAGUCAAAGCCAAGCCCUCGUCCAUCGACCCUGUCAUCCCUGCUAUUACCAUGGGUGACGCUCCGGUGGGCUUCCGGGAUGUCCUGCUGCGGGACGGGCCUGAGGGUUUUGCUAAAGCUGUGCGCGCUCACAAUGGCCUGCUCCUGAUGGACACCACCUUCAGAGACGCCCAUCAGUCCAUACUGGCCACGAGGGUCCGCACACACGACCUCAAGAAAAUCUCCCCCUUUGUCAGCCACAACUUCAGCAACCUGUUCAGCCUGGAGAACUGGGGAGGUGCGACGUUUGAUGUGGCCAUGCGUUUCCUGUCUGAGUGUCCGUGGAAGAGGCUCCAGGAGCUGAGGGCUUUGAUCCCGAACGUCCCAUUUCAGAUGCUGCUGAGAGGGGCCAACGCCGUGGGCUACACCAACUACCCCGAUAACGCUGUCUUCAAGUUUUGCGAGGUGGCCAAGGAGAAUGGCAUGGACAUCUUCAGGGUGUUUGACUCUUUGAACUAUCUGCCCAACAUGCUGCUGGGUAUGGAGGCGGCAGGGACAGCAGGAGGCGUCGUGGAGGCCGCCAUCUCGUACACAGGCGACGUGUCCGACCCCAUGAGGCAGAAAUACUCUCUGGAAUACUACCUGAAACUGGCCGACGAGCUGGUUAAAGCUGGGACCCAUAUUCUCUGCAUUAAGGACAUGGCCGGUCUGCUGAAGCCAGAAGCCAGUAAACUCCUGAUUGGAUCUCUGAGAGACCGCUUCCCUGACGUCCCCAUCCAUGUACACACCCACGACACGGCCGGGGCAGGCGUGGCUGCCAUGCUGGCCUGUGCCGAAGCUGGAGCUGACGUAGUGGAUGUUGCUGUGGACUCCAUGGCGGGGAUGACCUCUCAGCCCAGCAUGGGAGCCAUUGUGGCCUGCGCCAAAGGAACCAAGCUGGACACUGGCAUCGCUCUGGAGAAGGUCUUUGACUACAGCGAGUACUGGGAGGUGGCGCGCGGCUUGUACGCUCCCUUCGACUGCACGGCCACCAUGAAAUCUGGGAACGCCGACGUGUACGAAAACGAGAUCCCCGGAGGCCAGUACACCAACCUGCACUUCCAGGCACACAGUAUGGGACUGGGGAACAAGUUCAAGGCGGUGAAAAAGGCCUACGCCGAAGCCAACAAGCUGCUCGGAGAUCUCAUUAAGGUGACUCCAUCCUCAAAGAUCGUGGGAGACCUGGCUCAGUUCAUGGUGCAAAACGACCUGAGCAGGGCAGAGGUGGAGGAGAGGGCGGAUGAGCUGUCCUUCCCUCUCUCUGUGGUGGAAUUCCUGCAGGGAUACAUCGGAAUACCGCAUGGAGGAUUCCCGGAGCCCUUCCGAUCCAAGGUGCUGAAGUCUCUGCCCCGGAUCGAGGGCCGACCUGGCGCCUCUCUGCCGGCCAUGGACUUCAAGGCUCUGGAGGAGGGACUGAAGGCGACUCACGGAGACGAGAUCACACCUGAGGAUGUCAUGUCCGCCGCCAUGUACCCCAAAGUGUUCCAGGAGUACAAGGAGUUCACCUCCGUUUACGGGCCGGUGGACUGUCUCAACACCAGGCUCUUUUUGGAUGGACCCAAGAUCGCAGAGGAAUUUGAGGUGGAGCUGGAGAGGGGGAAGAUUCUGCACAUCAAGGCUCUGGCUCUGGGAGACCUGAACAAGGCCGGUCAGAGAGAGGUCUUCUUCGAACUCAACGGACAACUGCGCUCGGUGCUCGUGAAAGACACCGUCGCCAUGAAGGAAAUGAAAUUCCAUCCCAAGGCUCAGAAAUCUAUUAAGGGUCAAGUGGGAGCGCCGAUGCCCGGAAAAGUCGUGGAGGUCAAAGUGGAAGUUGGAGCUAAGGUGGAGAAGGGCCAGCCUCUGUGCGUCCUGUCCGCGAUGAAGAUGGAGACUGUGGUGAACUCGCCUAUGUCCGGCACGGUGAAAGCCAUCCACGCCCCUACGGACUCCUCUCUGGAGGGAGACGACCUCAUCCUGGAGAUCGAAGAGUAG